CAAUGGCAGAAAGGUAACGGGACAGCCUACAAAACAUUUCAUUGGUUGGCCCGCCGUGCGUGUGUUUCCUCACAUUAUGGCCUGCAAAGCUUGGCCGCAGCGUGGCAAACAAACAGGAUUGUUUUCUCGUUUUCACCUAUGGUUUGGCUGUUUGGAUCUAACUGCGGGAUCAACUGUUCCAUAUGCUGCUAGGAGUGAAGACUCGGUUCUAAUGGACAUCAUUGAUGAUUAGAAAUCGAGACCUUUUGAAGAGCUACACGGAGGCCACGCUGUAUUCUCUGUCAGGGUGUACCCUUUCGAGUAGCCCUCUUCCGUUGUAUUGUGUCACAGCGUGUAAAGGUACGAAUGGUGGUAUUGUUGGCGCCGUUAAUAGCGACCCGGGAGUACUCCGUUACAAAUUGCUGUUUGGCCCGUUUUGUUUGGAUGUUUAAAGAGCGGGGUUGUCAAGACCCACCAACACGACCUACCCGUACCAGUCUGCACGCACGGUCACGCUGGAGAAAUGUUACCAGAGAGGCAGCACCUGGACUAAAAGCAGCACACCUUAAGGUAGAUUCUUAAGGUAUGAAUUAAGGGCCAUCUUCCUACUGCUGUUACCAUCAAACCAACAAGAGCUUAUGCGGAUGACUAUCAGCAAAAUGGCGUACUCGAUGGACGAUAUCGAACAGGCCUUGGACGGGUGUGCAGAGGACAAGGAAGUCGCCACGAUUGUGGACGGGUUUCAGUCCCUGGACAACACGGCCCGGUCACAUCGCGCUCCGGAGAAACAGGAAGUCCUUGAUCUGAGUUCUCGUGCUUGGAAUAAUCCAAAUAAAGGUAAAGGAAAAGUUGCGAAGAUAAGCAAGAUGUUUGAGGAAAACCACUUCCCGAUUGAUAAACGAAAACGACAAGCCAUGGACGGUGAGCGGCCGUGGAUGAGGGACCUGAAGAAGAGAGAUCAGCUCACAAAAACAAAGCCUUUACAUACGAGUCAACAGAAGGAUAAAGACGCUGACGGUUCAAAAGAUGCCGUUAAACCAAACGCAUUCCCCACGAAACGCACAGAAUUGAGCCACAGCCAUCAAAAUGGUGAUUUGCGGGACUCUCCGGUUACGGAAAAAGACGUUAUACCGAAAGAAGUACACAACAACAACGACAGUGUCCUAUCUAGUGACACAGGUCACGUGGAACUGGCCAAGAAAGUAGAUUCAGAAACUUCUGUCAUAAAUGAUGACCCAGUGCCAAAUGAUCUUUCUGAAACAACGACUCAAAUAGGUGACUCCCUAAUCCACCAGUCUCCUCCUGGCCAAACCUCACCACAUCACAGCAAUGACAGCCUACCUGUUCAGAUAGGCAGUGACGAGCACACCCAAGUACAAGAUAAACAAGGUGUCGAUCAUAGUCAUCAAAAUGGCGACAGUUGGCAUGUGUCAGGUGAGACAGAAGAUUCCAGCAAAGACAUGCAUGACGAAUCAGACACCUGGCUAAGUAACAUCGAUGCGGACAACAGCAAGAAUGAUACCUUACAGGAAAAUGGUGACCAUCCCUUAGAAGUAGGCGGUUCCGCAGAUGGUAUGCCCUUUGUCAUGGAGAGUUCGUUUGCCCGAAGUCUUCAACAAAGGACGAAUCUUAUGAGGCAGAGCAAGGUAGAACAGAGCACCGAUAGUGAUUCUGAUGCUUCAAAAAUGGAGUUGAGACACCACCUGUUGGAAAGUGGUAUCGCCGGUGGUCGCCGUGGUUACGACAGACAUCGGGAGGAAGCUGGUGAUUUUGUCGGUGGAAACGAUCUAAAAUCAGAGCACAACGGAGUCGAGCAUCCACAUCAGACCAGCAACAUGCCGCGGCAUCAGCAAAUAAACGAGUUAGUGCAAAAACUGGAAGACUCCGGCAUCGGAUUUGCGAACAGUGACUUGAUUCACGAGCGAGAAAAUGGCCUGACUCCGCUGUCAAGUGACGGCAGCGUAAGAACACCAUCUUCCACAGAGGAGCACCGGGAUGCACUCGAACCUGAGCACGAACAAACACCCCGGCUGCACACAAUCCUCCACCACAGGGACCAUGACCACGACGAACACCACGACGUUCGUCCUAAAGGUCGUCAUGUAAAGUUCGAGGAUGAUAGGAGACGAGCAGUAAACGGACUCCCUAACGGCCGUACGGACUCCACCAAGAGAGCGCGCGACCAGUGGACUCAGGACCAGGCCAUUGUGAAGUGCUCCUACCUCAGCAACGAGCUGGUGCGGAUGUCGGAACUGUUGGAUACAAUGGACCCCCAGGAGCUGAAAUCUGCCCUGAAGAGACGUUUGAAGCGGAAAGACGCCAAACUGAUCAUGGCGAUGAGCCUCCUCCUGCCCAGACACAGACACCCCCCGGCCUCUCAGCUACACUGUGUCAGGUGUCACAAGAACUACAACCCAAGGUUCGACUCCGAACGCUGUGCCCUGAGCCACCCAAACAACUGCGUGGUGAAGAAGAAGGAACACUCGACCAGUACGACCUUCAAAUGCCGCGCAUGCUCCACAGAGUUCCGCCUGAACAAGAUGACGUUUUACCAGGAGGGAGUGAACUCCUACAUGACGGGGCUGUGCUUCUCCGGCAAACACACCACCAACUCUAAGGACGUGGUGUACCAGUGCCAUGGGGGUCCUGCUAAAACUUGUGAGGACAACGGCUGUGUGUUAUAUUAUGUCUGAUGAUCACCUCAAGUUGAUAAAUUGCUUGGCUUCGUGAAUAGGAUUAAGUUACAAGUUUUGUUAAGAAUACAAAGAUCUAGAAGCAACAACUACUUACAAAUAGAGUAUAUUUUGAAUCUUUACACUGUAGGAAUGCAACAGAAAGAAUAGAAAUGUAUUACAACAUGUGUGUGUGUGUGUGUGUGUGCGUGUGUGGUGUUGUUGAUCGUUAUAAGUACAAGACUGCAUGCCAAGAAGUAUUGCAUUUUGUAUUACUGAAUUGAUAGCAUGACUACGGAAUGGUGAAUGCGAACAUUAAGCCAGUCGUUCAAAUGAGGUGCUACCCGGUAUCUACUUGUGUCUUUGUGCCAUAGAGCAGUUUUUGAUGAAUGAGAAAAGGUAGAGAAGACAUCCAUUAACAGGUAUCAUUUGUUAAGGGAAUCCAUGAAGAGUAUAUAAAGAUCUAGUGUCCUAUUUUGUGUAUUGUCUUUCACAACUGUUAUACGGGGGUCUAGAAAGGGAGGUUUGAAAAGAAGGUCUUGAAAUAGCUUUUUACAUUGAAAUACCUUUUUUAAAAUGACUGAUUUGAUAUACCCCUGUAAAUGCAUGAAACAUACAUUAGGAACAUUUCAAAUGUGUGUAUGUGCUACAAAUUGUUUUAAGGAAAGAGAAGAUUCUUAUAUAAGUCAGAUAUAUAUGACAAAAAGAUUUUUAAUCUUGCUUGAGAUUUUAUAACUAUGAUUAUGGAUGCAACGAAAAAUGGUGCAGAUAUUUGUUGUUGCAGCAGAGAUUUUAAAAUUUCAAAAUCUUAAGAAAUAUUGUAUCAUACUACUUUUGUUGUGAUUCAAGCUGGAAAUACUGGCAUGAAGCACAAGAGGUUUUGAAG